AUGGCCCAGCAACAGACGAUCGAGACACUGCGGGCGACGGCGGCGGCGUCGAUGUCGACCGGGCACGGCGAUCUGCGCGACCACCCGAGCAGCUUCCGUGGUGCCGGGCAGCCGCCGGAGUCGUCGUCGGCGGCGGAGGAUGCCUCGCAGGAUCAGGAUCAGGAUGGAGUAGGCGGCGGGGCGGAGGCGGACGGGUCGAAGACGCAUCCGGAGGACCUGGCCGACAAGAUGACCCGGCUGGUCAUCGGCUCCGCCAUCUCGCCCCUCCAGCUCGACGCCCCCGAGCUGCCCCACUCCAGCGCCACGCACCAGGAACGGAGCUCGACCGCCGCCUCAGGCGAGGCCCAGCUGCUCCAGAACAACGUCCGCGCCCUGCUCGUCUCCCACAACUCCGGCUGGGCUGAGUUCGCCCGCGGCUUCGGCCUCAACCCCUCCCAUGCCACGCCCCUCCCCCCGCCCCCCCUUGUCUCCAGCACGAUCAUCCCCAAGACCCAGACCAUCAACAGCGUCCACGGCCUGGUCUCUCUGUUCCCGCCGAAGAAAGAGGAAGCACUAGGGCUGCUAGAUACCUACCUCUCCUACGUGAACCUGGUGCACCAUGUGGUCGAUGGCCCACAGACGCGGUUCGAGAUCGAGUUUUUCUACGACCUGCUUCUCUUGGACCUUCCCCGGCCGAUCGAGCCCUCGCCGAUGCCGGUCCCGCCCCUCUUGGAGCCCGGCUGGCUGAGCGCUAUGCUGGCCAUCUUCACCCUUGCGGACAAACGUGACCGGGGGGGACUGCUCAGACCGACCUCCCCCCAGGCCCUCUCGGACUCCCAACGCGCCGACGGCAAAAGUAAGCUCUGGUUCGAGGGCUGUCUCCAGGGAUUGAGGAUGCGGCUCGACGGCGACGAGCCGCUCGACCUCAUCGCCCUCCGCAGCGUCUGUCUCGUCGUCUGGGUGUUCGUCUUGUAUGGCCAGGACGACGAGGUCUUGCCCGCGGUCAAUCUGAACUCACGUAUCUUGUACCAAGCGUGCGAUAAGCUUCAGCUGCACCGCGAUCCGAGCCAAGUCGACCCCCAACUCUCGCCGCGUGAGGCGGAAGACAGGCGACGGAUAUUCUAUAAUCUGCUGAACACGGACUGGCUAUUCAGCGCGAUCUCGGGGAAGACCUAUUCGCCGGUAGGUGUGGACGGCCAUGACGUCCGUUUGCCGCGCUCGAUCGCGGACCGGGACCCGAUCCCGGCGGCGAUCUCCGGGCUUGCCUUCCGCUCCCUGUUGAUGCGUCAGCUGCGUAAACUGGCCACACUCGCCCUUCUGCCGGGCGGGAUCUCGCAGAACGAUGCGGCGGGCUUCGAGGCCGAUUUGGAUCGGCUCGACCAGCGACUCCCGGGCUGGUGCGAGAUCGAUGUGGACAACUUCCCCUCUGGCCAGUCGUUGAGCGACCCCCAACAGCAGGCCGAGUUCAGCCAGAAGAUCAUCACCAACGUCCAGCUAUGCGCCGUCCGCGUCCGCUUCCACACUAAGUUCGCCGCCCCACCCCCCGACGCCCCUCCCUACAUGCAUCAGUCGGCCAGCCACCACCGUGCUAUCUGUAUCUCGAGGGCUGUUAGGUUGCUUAGGCUUGAACAGCUCCAUCUGCAGUAUUCUACACGCAUUCUGGGACACAGUGGCUACCCGCGCUUUCAUCCAAUCGUAGGCGGCCUGACCUUAUCAGCGCUAAUGGCCAAGAGCCCGGACGGCGCGGAGCGCCGGAUGCUCUUCGACGAGCUCUCCCGAUUCACCGCCGUCAUACACUCCUACGGCGUCUUGUCCCAAGUCACUAACCUCGGUAUCUUGGCGAUCGAGACCGCUCUCAACGAGGUCAGGAGGGGCGAGCUUGCUCAGGUCCAGGCGCUUAGGAUCCCGCUCGCCGCCGUCCCUCAGAACGAGGAUAAUUCGGGGGAACCUUAUUAUCCCUCCCCGCUCAUCCCAGAGACCGGAUACGAGCGCCAUCCCGAGGCGAAGCUGAAUCCGUCGGACCGUUCCUCGUUGUCGAGCAUGGGCCAACCGGGCACCAUCGGGCCCCCCAAUUAUCUACCGGCGCCACUGAUAAUCCCGUCGCCCGGCCUGGCCAGUAGUCCAACGAGCAUCCAUCAUCAGCCCGGCGAGGUCUGUAUCCUACAGCCGCUCCCAUCGAGAGCGUUCGACGGCCCACGACCUGAGCGCCUCGAUCCUUUAACCGGCUCCAGUUCGCGAAGCCCAGGGACGGCUAGACCGUCCGUCCACGGCUUCGGAACCUUCGCCUCUGCGGCCCCGCUUUCCGCAGGAGCCCAGAAUCCACAGACAAUGGGCGUGCCUAUCGACAACUUGUUCGCACAUCUCGCCGGCGGUAACGUCGGCUACGAAGGCCUCAUGGUCGGCUGGAUGGGCGCCCACUCGCCCCAUUUCCCCGCCGGCGGCGUCGCCGGCCAGGCCACUACCAGCUCCGUCGGAGAGCCCCAUGGAUACCAUCCCCCGACCGUGCAGAAUACGUGGAAACAGGAGUGGUGA